AUGGUGCGAAUCAGUGUGCUGCGCGAUUGCCUGAACAACAUCGUGAAUGCUGAGAAGCGUGGAAAGCGACAGGUCUUGAUCAGGCCAAACUCCAAGGUCAUCAUCAAGUUCCUGCAGGUGAUGCAGAAGCACGGCUACAUUGGUGACUUGGAGAUCAUUGACGACCACCGAGCAGGAAAGGUUGUCGUGGAGCUCAUCGGCCGCAUCAACAAGUGCGGCGUGAUUUCCCCCCGAUUCGAUGCGGCUCGACUGACUCUGGUAGCCAAACGACUCCAAACGAAUCACACACUCACAGUCUUGGGGACAAAGGUCUCCGUGGCGGGAAUUGAGCAGCUUGCCAGCGACCUCCUUCCAUCGCGUCAGUUCGGCCACCUGGUGCUGACAACUACCUACGGGAUCAUGGACCACGAGGAAGCUCGACGCAAGCACGUGGGUGGCAAAAUCGUGGGCUUCUUCUUCUGA